AUGAGAACUCUAGAGAUCGGCAGCCUAGUGGUGAAGCAGAUCAUGGAGGAGGCUGUCACCAGGAAGUUUGUACAUGAAGACAGCAGCCACAUUGUCUCGUUUUGUGCUGCGGUGGAGGCUUGCGUUCUACAUGGGCUUAAGCGACGAGUGGCGGGAUUCCUGCGUAGCAACAAGAUAGCAGCGCUCUUCAUGAAGGUGGGGAAGAGCUUCACCCCGGCAGAGGAGCUGUGCAGGAAGGCUCAGGAGCUGGAACAGAUCAUCGAGCGCAAACGGAACCAAAGCAUGCCCAACCAGGACAGCGUACGGAGACUGCCCAGGCUGUCGAGCAUCAGCCCGCAGGUGGUCAGAAACCUGUGGAUCCGCACGGCCCUCAUCGAGAAGGUGCUAGACAAGAUCGUGCUCUACCUCGUGGAGAACAGCAGUAAAUUCUACGAAAAAGAGGCCAUUCUGAUGGAUCCGGUGGACGGACCCAUUCUGGCCUCUUUGUUAGUGGGGCCCUGUGCCUUGGAGUACACGAAGAUGAAAACGGCAGACCACUUCUGGACAGACCCCUCAGCAGACGAGCUGGUCCAGAGACACCGCAUCCACAGUGGUCACUGCAGACAGGACUCCCCCACCAAGAGGCCUGCCCUUUGUAUCCAGAAGAGGCAUUCCAGUAGCAGCAUUGAUGAGCGGCCUUCCCCCUCGCCCUCAGCCCGGGACUAUGUGGAGUCACUGCACCAGAACAACAGAGCCACCCUGCUGUUUGGAAAGAACAACGUCCUGGUGCAGCCGAGGGAUGACAUGGAGGCUAUCCCAGGAUACCUUUCUCUGCACCAGACCGCCGACAUCAUGACGCUGAAGUGGACUCCCAAUCAGCUGAUGAACGGCUCUGUGGGAGACCUGGACUAUGAGCACAGUGUGUACUGGGAUUACGCUAUGACCAUCCGUCUGGAGGAAAUUGUUUAUUUGCACUGUCAUCAGCAGGUGGACAGCGGGGGCACGGUGGUGCUGGUGAGCCAGGACGGCAUCCAGAGACCCCCACUGCACUUCCCUAGAGGGGGGCAUCUGCUCCAGUUCCUUUCCUGCCUGGAGAAUGGCCUCUUGCCCCAUGGCCAGCUGGAUCCUCCGCUCUGGUCCCAGAGAGGAAAGGGGAAGGUGUUCCCUAAACUGAGAAACAAGUGUUCACAGGGCUCCUCGGACUCAGUGCCCGAUAAGGAGGAGGAUGAGGCCACAGACUAUGUCUUCCGCAUCCUGUUCCCCAACAGCCAAUCAGAGUUUGUGGCUCCAGAGCUGAUGGACCAGGGGGCCAACAUAUGGCAGCCCAUCCCCAGGAAGUCCUCCUACUCAUCCUGCACCCAGGGCAGCUUCUCAGAUGGAGGACCCCCCAACGGUUGCAACCACGAAAGAGCCCCUUUGAAGCUGCUGUGUGACCAAAUGAAGUAUCAGAUAAUCUCCCGGGCGUUCUACGGCUGGCUAGCUUAUUGUCGUCAACUGUCCACUGUACGUACACACCUCUCGGCCCUGGUCAACCACACCAUUGUGGCGCCCGAUGUGCCCUGCGAUGCCUUCACGGGCCUCACUGCUGAGGUGUGGCAGAGGUUCCUUCAGGACUGCACUGCCUAUAACGAGCAGGAGCUGCUGCGCCUGGUGUACUUCGGCGGUGUUGAUCCUUCGCUGCGUAAGGAGGUGUGGCCCUUCCUCCUGGGCCACUACCAGUUUGGCAUGUCUGAGUCUGACAGGAAAGAGGUGGAUGAGCAGGUGCGGGCGUACUACGAGCAGACCAUGAGCGAGUGGCUGGGCUGCGAGGCCAUCGUGCGGCAGCGGGAGAAGGAGCAGCAUGCAGCGGCGCUGGCCAAGUGCUUGUCUGUCUCGGCCAGCGUGGAUAAUCCAAACCCUGUCCAGAAGAGGAUGCACCAUGACUCCAGCAUCAGCAAUGAGUCCUCCCGGAGCUGCAGCUCAGACAGACAGAGCCUGGCUCGCCUGCAGAGUGACUCCAGCAGCAGCACCCAGGUGUUUGAGUCUGUGGAGGAGGUGGAUCAGAUCGAGACCGAGCCCAAGAGCAAAGAGGCCAAACAGGUGCCCAAGAUCCCCAAUGGAGGAGCCCUGCCCAAUGGGACCAGCUCCCCAGACUCGGGGCACCCCUCCUCUCGCAACUUCUCAGUCACCUCGGGCCUGUCAGACCGCUCUCUGAGCACAGAGGACAGCACUGCACCUGACACCACCCCUAAAAACAUCACCAGCACUCCUCCACAGUUGGCCCCAGCCCCACAGAGCCCAGUCAAAGCCCAUGAGGAAGAGUUGGAGGCAGACAGCCCAAAAGCCCAACCCCCGGCCCUGCAGGAGGAGAAGGACCUCCAGGCCAAGGACCCACCAGAGAAGGAGGAAAAAGAGAGUGCGACCGAAGUGACCCAGGAGAUUGAGGGCAACGAGACAGAAGUGCCAGAUAUAGAAAUAGACAAAAAUACAGUGACAGUAGAGCCAGUGGAAACAGAAAUGCCAGAAGUAGAAAUUGACAAAAAGACAGAGAAGACAGAGGUGCCAGAGAUUGAAAUGGACAAAAAAACUGAGACAAGAGAGGACAAGGCAGCAGACCUAGGUGCGUUAGAGAGCCAGAAAAUAGAGGCAGAAAAUACUUCCGUGACUGAACCUGCCGAGACAGAAGAGGUAAGGAUCAAUGAAAAGGGGGACAUUGAGUUACCGAAAGCAGAAGUGGAUGCUGUAGAAGAAAGGGUGGAGUCCAAAACAGAUGAGUUCAAAACAACGGAGGCUAAAGUGCCUGAGACCGAAGUGGUGAAAAUGUUGGGUGGAGAGCCAACCAUGCUAGCAGACACAGAGGAAUUGCAGUCACUGGUACCAGAGACAUUGAAAACUCGAGAGUCAAGAGAAACCGAGGACGAAGGAUCAGAACCAGAGUCUGUAGAUCCAGAAGAGAAUGAAACAUCCCAAACAAACCAUAGAGAGCCAAAAGAGGAGAAGGCAUUGACAUCAACGAUGACUGCAGAAGCAAUGGAGGACAAGACAUCAGAACUCGAGGAUGAGCGAACUUCAGAGGCUGGAGAAACAAAGAGUGCUGAAACAUCAGAAGUAAAGGAAGCCGAAGGAAAGACUAUGGAAAAGACAGAAACUCAGAAAGAAGUAGAAGCCAAUGAGACUUUAAAAUUUGAAGAGGUAACCGAAACAAAGGUGGUCCAGACGGUGUCACACAAAGAUGUUUCAGAGGAAAAUGUGGAGGACAUUACAAAAUCUAAGGAAGUGGGAAAAAGAGAGGAGGAGGAGACCAAGCGGCCAGAGACGGAGAAGAAUACAAGCCCCGAGGCAGACACCAGGGUGGCCACCACAGAAUCUGAGGAGUCUCCUUCAGCCAUUGAGAUGGCAAAAGUCUCCAUUGCCCCACUGUGGGACAGGAUGGGUCCGUGCGAUAGUUCCGGGGUCGGGGCUGCUCUCUCUGAGGGCUCAGUCCCCCAUCUGGAGCUCCAACUGGAGGAGGAGGAGCAGUGCAAAACCAGCCCAGAGGGCACAGAGUCCAACUUGUCUGAGGAGCCCGAGAUGGAGAGCAUCUUCCCACAAUUUGACUCACUGACCGUGGGCAGAGAGCUGAAAAACGAGGACAUCUCUCCAGUGUCAUCCAUCGGGACCACCUAUUCUCAAGAGCUUUUGGACAUGUACACGAUGAACCUGCACCGCAUUGAGAAGGAUGUCCAGCGAUGUGACAGAAACUACUGGUACUUUACCCCUACCAACCUGGAGAAACUGCGCAACAUCAUGUGCAGCUAUAUCUGGCAGCACCUGGAGAUUGGCUAUGUGCAGGGCAUGUGUGACCUGCUGGCUCCCCUCCUUGUCAUUCUGGAUGAUGAGGCCAUGGCCUUCAGCUGUUUCACUGAGCUCAUGAAGCGGAUGAAUCAGAACUUCCCCCAUGGCGGUGGCAUGGACACUCAAUUUGCCAACAUGCGCUCUCUCAUCCAGAUCCUGGAUUCGGAGCUCUUUGAGCUCAUGCACCAAAAUGGCGACUACACCCACUUCUACUUCUGCUACCGAUGGUUCCUUCUAGACUUAAAGCGUGAGCUGGUGUAUGACGAUGUGUUUGCGGUGUGGGAGACCAUCUGGGCAGCGAAGUACGCCUCCUCUGGCCACUUUGUCCUCUUCAUCGCUCUGGCACUGGUGGAGGUCUACCGGGACAUCAUUCUGGAGAACAACAUGGACUUCACCGACAUCAUUAAGUUUUUCAACGAAAUGGCUGAGCAUCACAACAGCAAGCAGAUCCUGACACUGGCCCGGGAACUGGUGUGCAAGGUGCAGACUCUCAUUGAGAACAAGUGAUCUCCAGGAGUCAUCCACUUCUCUUCCCCAACAGUCUUUCUCAAACAUAGAGAUAGAUAGAGGACUCAUAUUUGUAUCUGUUCCAUUAUAGCGUCUGUGACAGCAUGGGCAGUGCCGUUGAGGCUAUCUCCAUUUCAAAGUAGUCCAUUUUCUUCUUUACGAUUGGCUGAUCUCUCCUGAUGACACGGUGCUGCCCAUGCUAAAUCAGCAUUUUGACUAAUAGAGACCUCUAUCGUUCUCUAUGGUCAUAUUGAACAGCUGCAACCGAACAGAAAGAUCAGGGUCCAGUUCAUUAGGCACCAAAUGGAAUAAAACAGACGUAGGGAGGCACUACUUAGACUAGUCCUAUAAGAAACUGUCACUUUCAUUUUCAGUCACCAAAUGUUUUAAAACGUUUUCAAUUGCGUGCCUUGAUGAACAUGACUGAGAUGUGCUCCACUGUUCACUACCUUCUCCUUAUCUAUGUAAUACCAGCCAGGGUAUAACAUUUCAUGCUAUACCGGUACUCUGUCAUUUCAGGUCAUGUCAUGGAACACCAAGGGAAUGGUGACUUUUACCUCCAGUUAUUCUGUCAGUGAAAGUUUGAUUUAUUUUUAAUUGUUAACUGUGACAUAUACUUAGUCAUCAUAGGAUGUGUAUGUGGUAUGCCUUGUAUACACUGGCCUGUCUUGAUUGAAGUGGGGUUAGAAUAUACAGACCCAGUUCAAAUGAAUAUAGAAAAAAAAUUCUCCCAUAGUUACUCAAGAACUGAAU